AUCCCACCAUAAUCCUUACUUGAGUAUCGGAAGGAUUAAACAGGAGGCUGGGAAUGCCUGAUAAUGCCAAGGCCUCCCCUGCGACCUUCAGGAUACCCUUGUACCCCUGGAAAGCCCAAAACUCUCAGGAUGCAUCGAGAUCUAAGAAUGCUUCCACAGGACCACAACCGUAUUUACUCCUUACACAGCCAACAUGAGAACCUCAAGUAGUGACCACACUUGCAGGACUGCUGGAAACCCCCAGAAGUGACAUCCGUUCAGGUCUGGCGACAAUUUGGAGCUGACGAAUUCGAAGCUGGAUAUAUAACGAAUUCAUAAACUUUGGCCUCCUUUUCUCCUAUCGAUCAGUAUGAAUUUGCUCUUACGUAAACAACAAGGUUUCAAAGACAAACUGACGGCAUUACCAAGGUGAAUCGGAAUGACGAAAGUUCGUGCAGUAAACUCGAUCUGUUGGAUUGGAAAAGAUUCUGGUGUUUGAGGUUUCUUCCUAUCAAACUUGUUUGAAGUUGCCAGGAAUGUCGGGGGAUCAAACAGAUGUCUCCUAGGUUUUCUCGUGAAUGACUAGGACAUGGUUUGGAGGCGUGGGUAAAGUUUGGCUUUAUCCCCGACAAUUAGAGACAGUUCCAAGCAUCUCCUCCGCCUACCUUAAUCUGCUUCCUUAGUUCUCAUCGACCAGACCCUUUCUGUCUUCAACUGUAUUCUGUCUCUGUUGUCCCCUUCAUCUAUAAUCCCCUCAUCGCCUUAUGAAGCCAAAGGAGCUGAGCGAAACAAGCUCGACCUCAAGUUCUCUUGACAAUGGGAUCGAGCCGCUCACGAGGUCCCACAAAGGAGCGACUUCGUUGGAAUGAUGAGUUGCAUGACCGGUUUGUUCAGGCAGUCAAUCAUCUUGGUGGACCUGAUAGGGCCACACCAAAAGGGAUAAUGAAGGCCAUGAACGUUCCUGGAGUAGACAUAUACCAUGUAAAAAGCCACUUGCAGAAGUACAGAAUAUCAAAGUUCGUUCCAGAAUCGACCAACAAAGGCAAGUUUGAGAGGAGAAGCAUUUCAGAGAUGUUGCCUAACUUCGGUACAAUCUCCACUGCACAACUUAAGGAGGCAUUACAAAUGCAAACGGAAAUCCAAAGGCGACUUAGUGACGACUUUGAGGUUCAGAGGAGUUUAAAGCUCAAAAUGGAAGCUCAGGGCAGAUACCUAGAGAGGAUUGCAGGAGAGCAACAGCAUUGCAAAAUCCCCACCAGAAAGCCACCCUGCAAGCCCUUAUCCUCGACAUCCCUCCCUUCACUCUCCGACGAGUCUGACUCCAUUACCAAGGAUUCCGAAUCCGACUCAGAAGCCAAUAAGAUCGGGACGGAAUGUACUGAAGAAGGACAGCUCCUCAGAGCUCCAAAGCGGGCCCGGAUCGAUGGAAGUGGGUUGCCAUAUGACGCGAACAGCUUCUGCGACCCAAGCCUGCUCUUCUCAAAGGAGGCUUCCAGCACAGCUUCAUAUGGUUACAAUAAUGAGCUUUCCUCCUACAUUCCAUGGAACCAGCUUGGAGUAUGUCCAUCUCCACUUGUCCCCAGCUUCAUGUAAAGUAAAAGAAGACAUCCUGGCGUUAGUAGUAUACUUUUCUACUAUAAUACAAAUAAAUAAUAAGAGGAAAUUAAAUACUGGUUUGUAAGUCAUGCCUAUAAUUAAAAGUCUAAUAAAUCAUUUCUCCCUAGAGAAUGUCUAUUACCCAUCAAACCAGACCAAAUUAAGA